AUGGCGGUGUUUCACGACGAGGUGGAGAUCGAGGACUUCCAAUAUGACGAGGACACGGAGACGUACUUCUACCCCUGCCCGUGUGGAGAUAACUUCUGCAUCACCAAGGAAGAUUUGGAGAAUGGGGAAGACGUGGCAACGUGCCCUAGCUGCUCUCUCAUUAUAAAAGUGAUUUAUGACAAAGAUCAGUUUAUGUGUGGAGAGACAGUCCUGGCCCCUUCCACCAACAAAGAGCUAGUUAAGUGCUGA